UGAACUUAUCAGAUAUAUCAGGAUAUAGAAACCGAUAACCGCUAAGAUAUCCUGGAGCGGCGUUUACAUAAAAGAGUUGUGCGAAGAGCAUCACUAUCAGUACAUCCGUGACAAUGUGGUGGCGCACGUGUGUGGUGCUGGUCUGCGUGACAGCAGUUCUGGCUGACGAGGAGUGGCGGCAGGUGAACACUGCGCAGGGGCCCGUGCGCGGACAGAAGCACCCCAGCGGACAUCUGUACGCGUUCUACAAUGUACCCUACGCCACUGCGCCUAAGGGCAUACAUAAAUUCAAGGCACCUCUACCGCCACCAGUACGAACAGAACCAUUCGAUGCCGUCAACAAAAAUGUGGUAUGUCCACAGUAUAUAGACAUGGAUUCCAAGAUGCCAGGACGUCAUUUAGAGCAGUCAGAAGAUUGUCUAAUUGCUAACAUAUUCGUUCCCGACACAAAUGAAAACAAUCUUCCAGUUCUCGUUUAUGUACAUGGUGGGGCGUUCAUUCUGGGCUUCGGUGAUAUGAUGAGAGCAACACAAUUAAUGAAGUCUAAAGAUUUCAUCAUGGUGACGUUUAACUAUCGACUUGGAAUUCACGGGUUCCUUUGUUUGGGCACUGAGGACAUACCGGGCAAUGCGGGCUUGAAAGAUCAAGUGGCGCUGUUGCGCUGGGUGAAGGACAACAUCGCUAACUUCGGUGGUGACCCUAAUAAAGUAACCCUUGCAGGGUACAGUGCAGGUUCCACAUCCGUGGAUUUAUUGAUGCUCUCAAAGGCUGCAAAAGGUCUAUUUCACCGUGUCAUUCCUGAGAGUGGUGCAAACCUUGCAGCAUUUGGAAUGCAGAGGGAUCCUUUAGAAGUCGCCAAAAGUCAUGCCAAGACUCUACAGUUCACAAAUGUUGAAGAUAUUUCUGCCCUAGAGCAGUUCUACAAGACAGCGUCGAUGGAGCUGUUGACUGCAGCAGACUCAUUCCUUUUGAGACCUGAUUCAACAUUUUUGUUUGGGCCAUGUGUGGAACGUGAUACAGAAGGAGCAUUUCUAACGAAAUCUCCUCUGACAAUACUAAAGAACGGCGACUAUGAAAAGUUACCAAUGCUAUAUGGUUUCGCGAACAUGGAAGGUCUUUUCCGUAUUGACAUGUUUAACGAUUGGAAAGACAAGAUGAAUUCUAAUUUUGCUGAGUUUUUGCCAGCUGAUUUAAAGUUUGAAACUGAUGGAGCCAAGGAGGAGGUGAUCGAAUUAAUAAAGAAGUUCUACUUUGGUGGGCAGCCUGUCAGCAAUGACAAUAUUCUGAGAUACGUGGACUAUUUUUCGGAUGUUCCAUUUGUUUAUCCUACGCUACGGUCUGCAAAGUUGCAAGUGGAGGCUGGUAACGAUCAAGUAUAUCUGUAUGAAUACUCAUUCGUAGAUGAGAACGACAAUGUAGUACCACACACUAACGUGCGAGGUGCUGACCACGUCGCUCAGACGGUGGCUCUAAUGGAUGGUGAAGAUGAAAGUCUCAAAUCGCAGGCAUAUCAGAAUAUGAGGAAGAUAAUCCGUGAAAUAUGGCACAACUUUAUCAUAACUGGAACACCCGUGCCAGCAGACUCGUCGCUGCCUGCGUGGCCUCCAGCACGCGCCGACAGGUCGCCGCACAUGCGGCUUCUUGAGAAACCGGUGCUACAAGGGGUGCUGCUAGGAGAACGCGCUCAGUUUUGGGACGAUAUUUACGAAAAAUACUACCUUGAUGCAGUACCACCCGCGGCACCAAAUACUGACAAUGACAACGACAACGACGGUGGCAACGGAGGCGAGGGUGAUGGUGGCAACGGCGGCGAGGGCGACGGUGGCAACGGUGGCGAGGGUGACGGGGGCAACGGCGGUGAGGGUGACGGGGGCAACGGCGGCGAGGGCGACGGGGGCAACGGCGGCGAGGGUGACGGUGGCAAUGGCGGUGAGGGUGACGGAGGCAACGGCGGCGAGGGCGACGGUGGCAACGGCGGCGAGGGCGACGGUGGCAAUGGCGGCGAGGGUGACGGUGGCGAAGGCGACGGUGGCGACGGUGGCGAAGGCGACGGUGGCGACGGUGGCGAAGGCGACGGUGGCGAAGGCGACGGUGGCGAAGGCGACGGUGGCGAAGGCGACGGUGGCGAAGGCGACGGUGGCGAAGGCGACGGUGGCGAUGGUGGCGAAGGCGACGGUGGUGACGGUGGCGAAGGCGACGGUGGUAACGACAGUGACAACACCGACAGCGGCAGCGGUGACGACAACGGCAGCGGUGACGAUGAAGACGAUACCGACGCCGCCGAUAGUGCGGGACACCGCGAUCUAAUUGGCUCUAACUUAAUGAUCCUAACUGUUGUGUUGUAUUUUUCAAAGCUUUUAUUAAAUACGAAUUAGGCGGUCAAUAAGAUUGGACAAUUAGAUUACUGUAACUAAUUUCAAAUAAUUAACAUGCUUCUAUUAGGCCGACCCGUAUGUGACUUACUACGUAAUGGAAUCUAAAGUAACUUGUAAAACCAUCUUCUAAGGAUCGUGACGUCAUGAAAAUUGGCAACUGUAUGUUGUACAAUAAUAUGGUACCUACUGUCAAACUGAUCUGAUGAUGGGGCUGGAAGAUAUGAACUGGAACUUCAAGAUGGAGUAUUUUCUCAUAGCUGUGUUUGGACUUGUUAGUAAAGUCUGACCAGUGAGUGAUGAAGUUUGACCAUUUUUACGUGCAUUUAUAAAAGCGUGUUUUUGUGUUUUUCUAAUUAUUAAUUUAUUUGUUUACUAAAUAUGUACUUGAAUAUCCUCAUAGAGAGUGUUUUGUUCACGUAAUUGUUGUCGAGUCGAGACAGAUUGAGUUAUAAUUUUAUGUAAUAUCUUAUUAUGAAAAUAUUGUUGAAAAUAAAUAAAUGAUGCAUUUAUAAUGACGAA